AUGCCAGCAGCCUCUUCGUCUUCUUGGAAAUUUGAUGUCUUCCUUAGUUUUUGCGGUGUUGACACCCGCAAAAAUUUCAUAGACCAUCUCUAUACUGCUUUGAAACAAAAAGGCAUCAUCACCUUCAGGGAUGAUGAGAAACUUGAGAGAGGAAAAUAUAUUUCUCAAGAGCUCUUGAAAGCAAUAGAAGGGUCCAAGUAUGCAAUUAUCGUUCUCUCAGAAAACUAUGCUUCUUCAAGGUGGUGUUUGAUUGAACUAGCAAAGAUUGUUGAAUGCAUGAAGGAGACCAAGUUAACAGUUUUGCCUGUCUUUUACCAUGUGGAUCCCUCUCAUGUACGGAAUCAGACCGGGGCUCUUCUUGAAGCCUUUGCUAAACAUCAAAAAGAUCCCAAGGUUAACCUAGAGGAUGUGCAAGAGUGGAAAGCUGCUUUGAAAGAAGUGGGAAAUAUCUCUGGAUGGCAUGUUAAUGAUAGCCAUGAAUCAUUAGAUAUCCAACAAAUACUUAAGAAGAUAUUUAGCGAAUUGAAUUGUAAAUUCUCAAAUAUUGUUUCCAAGGACCUCGUUGGAAUAGACUCUUGUGUGAAAGAAGUGUUGGAUUUAUAUUUGGAUGAAGGAUUGGGUGGUGUACGCUUUGUAGGGGUUUGUGGGAUGGGUGGAAUGGGCAAAACAACUCUUGCACAAGAAAUUUUCAAAAGAAUAUCUAAUAACUUUGAAGCUAGUAGCUUUAUUGAUAAUGUAAGAGAAGAAACUAGAAAUCAAGGUCUAGUUUCUUUACAAAAACAACUUCUUUCCAAGAUCCUUAUGGAAAGCGAAAUAAAGAUAUGGAACUUUUCAGAGGGAAUCAAUGUUAUAGGAAAUAGACUACGUAAUAUAAAGGUUCUUAUUGUUCUUGAUGAUGUGGAUGGAGAAGAACAACUAGAAGCAUUAGCAGGGAACCAUGAUUGGUUUGGUCCAGGGAGUAGAAUCAUUGUAACAAGUAGAGAUAGCCAUGUAUUGAGAAGAUGUGGCAUGAAUUUUAUAUAUACAGUCAAUGGGUUGAAUGACAAUGAUGCUUUGGAGCUUUUUUGUUGGAGUGCUUUCAAGAAACUCCAUCCUGAAGAAGAUUAUGUGGAUUUGUCUAAGGACUUUGUAAAUUAUGCUAAUGGUCUUCCUUUGGCUCUUAAAGUUUUAGGUUCUUUGUUGUUUGAUAAAGAAAUAGAUGAAUGGAAAAGUGCUCGUGAUAAACUAAAAGCAGAGCCAGAUAGAAAAAUUUUAGAUAUACUUAAAAUAAGUUAUGAUGGGCUAAUGAAUACGCAGAGAGACUUAUUUUUGGAUAUUGCAUGUUUUUUCAAAGGAAAGAACAAAGAUUGCAUAAGAGAUAUGAUAACAAGUUUUGGUUACUAUCCAGAAUACAAUAUCGGUGUUCUUAUAGAUAAAUCUCUCAUAACCAUUAAUGAAGAGGGAACCAUAUUGAUGCAUGAUUUGCUACAAGAAAUGGGUCAAGAAAUUGUUCGUCAAGAAUCCCCCAAAGAGCCUGGUGGACGUAGUAGGUUGUGGCUUUAUAAAGACGUGCUAUAUGUAUUAAAGAAUAAUACUGGAACAGAGGUGGUUGAAGGCAUAAUGCUGAACAUGCCUAUUGAAAUAGAAGAACACUUGAGUGCUGAAGCCUUCUUAAAGAUGAAGAAAUUGAGAUUGCUUAAAAUAGGCAUUAUUGGCAUGGAUAUCCUUUAA